GCCCUAAUUCACGCCCCCAAAACAUCUUUCAUUCAUCUAUUUCGUCUCCCUUCCUGCUCUUCUUCCUUACCUUGCCGAUCGGCGCCACCGCGCCACUAGCCUUGCUUUCACCGCCGUUAGGCUUUCGGGCGCUGGUUCUCCACCCGCCGCAGGUGCUCUUCGCUCGCCGCCGCUGCCCCUUGAUUUUCAGGGUUCCCAAAUGGAGGGCACUGAAGAACCACAGGAAAAGCAGUCUGAAGAGAUUCCAGAAAACAUGCCUCAGAAGAACCAAGAAACUCGUGAUGAAAUGCUAUCUAGGCACAGGAAAGAAAUUUCCCAGCUGCAGGACAAAGAAAUUGCACUGAAGAAGGCAGCAGCUAAAGGUAGUAAGGCUGAACAGAAAGCUAAGAAGAAACAAGUGGAAGAAGAGGUCUCUCAACUUUCUGCAAAUCUCAAAGAAAGACAUGCUGAGGAACUUGCUUCUUUGGGCUAUAGCAGUAGUAAUGAUGGCAAUAAUAAGGGAAACCUCGACAAUCUGGUGAAGGCUAUAGCUGGGGUUUCUGUUACCAAUCAAGCUGAACAUUCAAAGCCUAGUAAGAGCGUUAAGAGGCGUGAAAAAAGAGCUCAGCAAGAAGCGGCCAGAGAACAGAAAAUACAAGAAGAGCAGAGCAACAUUGUCAGUGAUCGUAUUAUUGAAAACAAAAAGUUGGAAAAAAAGCUUGAACCCCUCGGAUUGACAAUCAAUGAAAUAAAGCCAGAUGGGCAUUGCAUGUACCGAGCCGUUGAGGACCAGCUGGCCCUUCUCUCGGGAGGCUCUUCUCCUUAUACUUACCAAGAGCUUAGAGAAAUGGUGGCUGCUUAUAUGAGGAAACAUGCAUCUGAUUUUCUCCCAUUUUUCCUCUCGGAGAAUAUGACAGAUGGUGAAUAUUCUGACAAUUCGCUUACGCAGAGGUUUGAGGAUUACUGUAGAGAAGUAGAGUCGACAGCAGCAUGGGGAGGACAACUAGAGCUUGGUGCUUUGACUCAUUGCCUAAAGCAAUGUAUCAAAAUAUUUUCAGGAUCGUUCCCCGAUGUGGAGAUGGGGAAGGAGUACAAGUCCAACAGCGGGGCUGGAUCGUCUAAUCCAGGUAUUAUGUUAUCAUACCAUAGGCAUGCAUUUGGGCUCGGCGAGCAUUAUAAUUCUGUGGUCCCUAGUUUGACCCAAUAGGCAUGAUGAUAACAUAUGUGAAAUUUUACUGUGUUUUAUGCAAUCUCGUUGUGAGCACAAGUCUUAAGUUAAAAGUACAGUUCUUGUUAAAUUUUUAAUGCGAUCGAGACUUGUUAAUACUAUGUCUCGUCAAUGUCACUAGUGGUAAAGUUCUUGGUUAAAGGCAAAUUUGAAACUAUAAGUAGGCUGAGUUUCUAUAUUUCUUCGUUCUACUCUGCCUAGGCAAGAAGUUUUCUGCCUAAGUCAGAUGGUAUAGUACGUCUGAAUUGGAGAUCUUAAAAAUGCCUGACUUUUGGGUGGAUCUAUGGAAGCAUUAUUUUUGGAUGUGUGUUUGUGUAUGUUUUUUUUUAUAUUUGUUUCUUGUAUUAACAGGACUUAGGUUGUAUUUCGAUCAAUGAUUUAAAUACAUGAUAAUGGAUUCAUUGAGGUUCA